GCCGCAAACAUGGGUGCCGGGUGCUGCCCGCCGUGGGCCCCGCUCGUGCUGCUGGCGCUGGGGCUGCUCGGCCGGCCGGCGGCGGCCCACAGAGCCCCCGACCCCGGCUUCCGCGAGGGCUACUUCGAGCAGCUGCUGGACCACUUCAACUUCGAGCGCUUCGGCCACGAGACGUUCGGCCAGCGCUUCCUGCUGUCGGACAAGUUCUGGCAGCGGGGCCGCGGGCCCAUCUUCUUCUACACCGGGAACGAGGGCGACAUCUGGGCCUUCGCCAACAACUCGGGCUUCGUGGUGGAGCUGGCGGCCCGGCAGGCGGCCCUGCUGGUCUUCGCGGAGCACCGGUACUACGGGAAGUCGCUGCCGUUCGGCGCGCGGUCCACGCUGCGCGGGCACACGGAGCUGCUGACCGUGGAGCAGGCGCUGGCCGACUUCGCCGAGCUGCUGCAGGCGCUGCGCCGGGACCUCGGCGCCCAGGAUGCGCCCGCCAUCGCCUUCGGAGGCAGCUACGGCGGGAUGCUGAGCGCCUACAUGCGGAUGAAGUACCCCCACCUCGUGGCGGGGGCUCUGGCCGCCAGUGCCCCGGUCCUGGCCGUGGCCGGCCUCGGCGACUCCUCCCAGUUCUUCCAGGACGUCACGGCGGACUUCGCCGGCCAGGGCCCCCGGUGUGUCCAGGCUGUGCGCGACGCCUUCCGGGAGAUCAGGGACUUGUUCCUGCAAGGAGCCUACGCCCGCGUCAGCCGGGACUUCCGCACGUGCCAGCCGCUCUCGGGCACAGAGGACCUGACACAGCUGUGCGUGUUCGCCCGCAACGCCUUCACGGUGCUGGCCAUGAUGGACUACCCCUACCCCACCGACUUCAUGGGGCGCCUGCCCGCGCACCCGGUCAAGGUCGGCUGCCAGCGGCUGCUGAGUGAGAACCAGCGGAUCGCGGGGCUCCGGGAGCUGGCAGGGCUGGUCUACAACGCCUCGGGCUCGGAGCAGUGCUUCGACAUCUACCGGCUGUACCACAGCUGCGCCGACCCCACCGGCUGCGGCACCGGCUCGGACGCAAGGGCCUGGGACUACCAGGCCUGCACCGAGAUCAACCUGACCUUCGACAGCAACAACGUGACGGACAUGUUCCCGGCCCUGCCGUUCACCGAGGCGCAGCGUCGGCGCUACUGCCUGGACACGUGGGGAGUAUGGCCGCGGCCGGACUGGCUCAAGACCAGCUUCUGGGGGGCCGACCUCAGAGCUGCCAGCAACAUCAUCUUCUCCAACGGUGACCUGGACCCCUGGGCGGGGGGCGGAGUGCGAAGCAACCUGAGCGCCUCCCUCGUCGCCAUCACCAUCCGCGGAGGAGCGCACCACCUGGACCUCAGAGCCUCGCACCCAGACGACCCCCUGUCCGUGGUGGAGGCCCGCGUGCUGGAGGCCUCCCUCAUCCAAGAGUGGCUCCAGGCAGCCAGGCGUGAAGGGCGGUGAGCCUGGCCCCCGCAGCGCUCUGGGCAGAGGCCGACCCCGCCCGGCCCACGGAGCGGGUCCCCGGCCCGCGUGGGGAGGGGGCCGAGCUGCACACCAAAUAAAGCGGCCUCCAACCUCAA